AUGCUGAUCAAUUACCUCAUCUUGUUAACCAUCAGCAUUUUACAAGUUGACGCGAAAGGAGCAAUCUACUUGACGACUAAAAAUGGAACGUUUCCAAUAUCGCUGACAUCCCUGAAGUCCCGAGACGACGCUACAUCGCAACACACUCCAAGCAUUUUGUCUACGACCGCUAAAAAUCUCUCACACAAUACCUCGGAGACGGAACAUGACUACUGGGAUUCCUCAGAAAUGCUGCUCUCCAAUUACAUAAACGGCACAUACGACGAACUCGAUGCCUUCACCUUGAAACAAAACGCUAAGCGAAGCAUUAAUGAUGCAGUCUCCAAAAACAUCACUAUGGUCCUCGAAAAUCUACUGAAGAAUUACGAAAAUUCACAGUUGCCUACACAUGGGAAAGGUUACCCUACUGUCGUACAGACUAAUAUUCUUAUACGGAGUAUGGGACCCGUUUCUGAAUUAGAUAUGGAUUAUUCAAUGGACUGCUACUUCAGGCAGUAUUGGCGUGACACGCGGCUGUCUUUCCUGGGUCCCAUCCGCUCCCUGUCACUUUCUAUCAAGAUGCUCGAAAGGAUUUGGCGGCCAGACACCUAUUUCUAUAACGGAAAACACUCCUAUGUGCACACUAUUACUGUCCCAAAUAAGUUGUUAAGGAUUAGUCAGCACGGAGAUAUUUUGUACUCCAUGAGGUUAACGAUAAAAGCGAAAUGUCCAAUGGAACUCCGAAAUUUUCCAAUGGACCGACAAUCUUGUCCAUUGAUUCUUGGCAGCUAUGCAUACUCAAACCAGCAGUUGGUGUACCAGUGGCAAAACUCUCAGAGCGUCAACUUUGUCCCGGGCAUGACCCUCUCACAGUUCGACCUCAUCAGCUUCCCUUAUAGGAACUUUACGUUCACUCGACGGGAAGGUGAGUUUUCCGUGCUUCAAGUAUCGUUCAAUCUUCAGCGCCAUACAGGCUACUUCCUUAUACAAGUGUACGUGCCAUGCAUACUCAUCGUGGUCCUUUCGUGGGUGUCAUUUUGGAUUCAUCGCGAGGCUACGUCUGAUCGUGUUGGACUUGGUAUAACAACAGUGCUGACUCUUUCUACUAUCAGUCUGGACUCACGCACUGAUUUGCCCAAAGUGAGAUACGCGACUGCUCUCGACUGGUUCCUACUGAUGAGCUUCUUUUAUUGCAUUGCGACGCUCUUAGAAUUCGCAGGCGUGCAUUAUUUUACCAAGGUUGGCUCCGGUGAGAUUGUAAUAGAUGAUGCAGAAUGGGAAGAGCUGAUUGAAGAAGUUGGAGGUGACGCUUUUGCAGCAAGGCAACUAGCGGUGCGCCGGCGCAGUUCUGCUCGAUCUACUACGAACUUCAGUUUCACAUUGCCUGCUCAAAGUAACCAGGAGGAGAGUGGAGCCCCAGCCGAGCAGACCGCGGUCCGGCUGACCAUGGAACGUACCACGCAGACGGAGAGACGGGUCCCACGCUGGCGACAACUACUCUAUUGCCUCGCUGGAGACGACCGAUACCGUAGACAGAGACAGGUGGAAGCUGGCAGCCGAGGCCACAUAAACAGCGUGUCACACAUAGACAGGGCUGCCCGCGUCAUGUUCCCGGCAUCGUUUGCUCUACUCAACUUGUUCUAUUGGAUGGUCUAUGCGUUCUCUAGCGACGACUUUGCAUGGAGUGACAACCCUAUGAAUUCUUUGUCUCAUUAG